UCAAAGAAUUACAUAAAAGAACCGCAGGAUUUUCCGUUCGUUGGUUUUGCGGUUUUCCCGACACGGAAACGAGUUCUUCGCGUGCUGCAAUCCCCUCCCGCAAUGGCCUCCAUUCUGCGCUCCUUUGCCACGGCAGUGGCCAAGAGUGGCGUCCUGAAUGCAAACGCUCUUCAGCGGGUUACUCCGGCGGUGAUGCUGCGCUACAAGUCGUCGGAAGCAGCAGCGGAUACGAGACCCACGGUCCGUAAGCCCGACGCUGUGGCCCGAUCGGAGUUGAGCGACUUUGGCCGGUACGUCGCAGAGUGCAUGCCGAAGUACGUGCAAAAGGUGCAGCUAACGUCGGGCGACGAGCUGGAGGUGCUGAUUGCGCCGGAAGGCGUCGUUCCGGUGCUGCAGUUCCUUAAGGACCACCACAACGCCCAGUUCGCGAAUCUAGUCGACAUCGCCGGCAUGGACGUGCCGUCGCGUCCGUUCCGUUUCGAGAUCAUCUACAACAUCCUUUCGCUGCGGUAUAACUCGCGCAUCCGCGUCAAAACGUACACCGACGAGCUGACGCCGAUCGAUUCGUGUAACGAGGUGUUCAAGGCCGCCAACUGGUACGAGCGCGAGAUCUGGGAUAUGUACGGUGUGUUCUUUGCCAACCAUCCGGAUCUGCGUCGCAUUCUCACCGAUUACGGUUUCGAAGGGCACCCGCAAAGACGUGACUUUCCUCUCAGUGGGUACGUUGAGCUGCGUUACGACGACGAGAAGAAGCGCGUCGUCUGCGAGCCGCUCGAGUUGGCCCAAGAGUUCCGCAAGUUCGAUCUGUCCGCCCCGUGGGAACAGUUCCCGAACUUCCGCAAUGCGAACCCGGCUACCGAGGAGGUGAAGCCAGCCGAGAAGUGAAGUGCGCCUGUGUGCCGUUUUCCGUUUAUAGGAUGAAAUACAAAACCUGGUUAUAAUUGUAAAAACA